GCCGCCGCUGCCGCCGUAUCCUCCCUCACGCGUCUCGUCCCGCCGGCUGACCAUGAGCCACGUUUUUUUCUUGGCCAACUUCCACCGCCGACCACAGGGGCAGCGGUGCCUCCCCUGGCAGCGAGGGGGCACGGGUGCACCGCAGUGGGCACAUGCGCCAGCUGUGUGGGCUCCACACGGGGUGGCCGUGUCGAACGCGCGAUCCUGGCAUGGGGUAGCCUACCCAGAUGCGCAAGUGUCGCGCGGGACGGGCGCGUCCUCGCCGCCGGCCGGCCGUCCAUCGAGUGUGGCCACGACGUCCCCCAAGCCGGCUUGGCCAUCGGGAGACCUGUCCGUCGGGAACGCGCCGGACGAGGGGGCAUCCGACGAGGAUGGGUCCUUUGCCAUUGAGCUGACUCCCUCGGCAGUGGCAUUCCUCCAGCGAUCCGAAGCCAACCGCCUUUCCAAGAGCGCUAAGAAGGCCCGGUCCGCGGCGACCGAGGCGCGCCGUGCCGAGCGCCAGCAGCAGCAGCAUGUCCGGCAGUUGGCCGAGGCCCGGCACGGCCGGCGGCGGGCGUGGCUCGAGUCCGCAGAUGUCGGACCCCUCGCCGGGGAUGCUGCCCCUCCCCCCGGUGGAGGGGACUUGCCGCUGGCCGAGCGGAUCUCCCACUUGGAGUCCCGACUGGACGCGGCCUUCGACGAGCACCGCGGCCGGGCGGUGUGCACUUGGCCGCAGCUGGAGCUGGAAUAGGGACAAUCUUCGUGUC